UGGUGCCACCUGCUAUUCGGUCCGGGUGGUGAAGUUGUAAGUUCCUGGAACCCAGCGACUCACCGGCUCAACCAAGUGGAACGUGAUUUCUUUAAAUUGCAACAGAGAUUACCUAAUUAACGACACGUUAUGGCGGUGAACACAGGCACAUCCCUGGUGCUGUCCAGCCUGCUGUCCGUGCUGGUGUUUGCUGGGAUGCAGAUGUUCAGUAAACAGCUGGGCUCCACUGAGUGGCUCACCAUCCUGGGAGGCUUCCUCGGCUCCGUCCUCUUCAUCUGCUCUCUCACUGCGUUCAAUAACCUUGAAAACCUUGUUUUCGGGAAGGGAUUCCAAGCCAAGAUAUUCCCAGAGAUCUUGUUGUGCCUGUGCCUCUCACUGUUUGCCUCGGGCUUGGUGCACCGUGUGUGUGUCACCACGUGUCUGAUAUUCUCCCUCUUCGCUCUGUACUACAUCAACAAAGUAUCUGCUGCCCUCUACCAAGCAGCUGUUCCCUCAGUAACACCAGCCAAGGCAACCAGCAAGGGCAAGAGGAAGAACUGAGCAAUCACGCCCAUCACAGCUGGAUUCAGUCUGCCAGUGCUGCUGAUGAUCAGUGCCUGCCAACACAGUUACUCAAGUGUUUCGUAAAACACAAUCACUCACAUUCAUGUCAACAGAUGGAUCAUCCUUUUGCUGUAUUAUUGUAUUUGUUUCAGAGUAAUUCUUCCAAAUGUAAUAGUGCAGUGACCCCGAUACACCCUAAACCUUGAAGAUUUCACUUGUUACCCCCCUGACUGUGGUCAUCUCAAACAUGGAAGCACAGAGAAAUUUUCAUCCGAGGUUGAAAGACUUAAAAAAAAAAAAAAAAAAAAGCCUGGCUGACAUCGUUGUCAACAUUCCUUCCAUGGGG